AUGUAUUUCUCCAACGCAAAAUUCCUUUCUAUCCUCGCUGCCGCAGCAGCAGUCAAGGGUGCUCCCAUUGAGGAGAACACCAUCCAAGCUCGUGCCGUCGUUAAUCAUGACUCUAUCAACCCAUGGGGAGAAAACGUACCUGGUAACGCCUUGGGUAACACUUUGAAGAGAUUCGAGCCAUUCCUUCACAUUGCUCAUGGUUGUCAACCAUACAGUGCAGUUGAUGGUAAUGGAAAUACCAGUGGUGGACUCCAAGAUACUGGCAAUGUCUCAGCCGGCUGCCGUGAUCAGAGCAAGGGUCAAACCUAUGUCCGAGAUUUCCCCAAGGAUCAACCAGCGGCUGGAAACGUCGUUGGAGGCCAUCGUCACGACUGGGAGCACAUCGUCGUCUGGGUCAACAACCCUUCCGUCGCCAACCCCACCUUGAUCGGUGCCGCCGCAUCUGGUCACGGAAGUGUGAAGAAGACGACCAAUCCCCAACGCCAGGGUGAUAGACUGAAGGUUGAAUACUAUGUCUCUUUCCCAACCAACCACGAGUUGCAGUUCACCAACACAUUGGGCAGAGAUUUGCCAAUGAUGUGGUACGACUUCUUGCCAGCUGUUAGCAAGACAGCUUUACAGAAUACCAGCUUCGGAAAGGCCAACUGUCCUUUCAAUGACCACAACUUCGCCAACAACCUCGCCAAGGCUGCAAUCUAG